CUAGCGGGUGGGUGGCUGCGUGCGUCAGACCACAACAAACCCCAGCUGACGGGACGGGCAGGUGUGCGGCGUGAUUCACAGGUGUGUGCGUGAUGUUCAGGAGUAAGACAACAGAAUUACCCCCGUGUCCCCAGCGCCCCUCGUGGGAGGACAUGGAGGAAGACCUGAGGAACUCCAAGAAGAGUGAUGUUGUCUUCAAUUUCGCCAAAACUACUCUUGAUAGCAAAGGGAGCCAGGAGGAACGGCGGCCCAGCAAUGCUGACUCGGAGGCAACUGAGGCAGGCAGCAAGGAUGCAAGUGAAGAAGAAAUGUUCCAGCUAGCAGUGGAGUUUGUGGAGCGGAACGACAGUCUGAUAGCCAGUGCCGAGAAACUAGCCGAGGAGAGCGAGCGACUGCGGGAAGUGAGUGAGAGCCUGAGGGAGACUGUGGAGGAGGUGAAGAAACAGGCACUGGUGGCUAUUGAUGGCUGCUGAGGAGGAAGAUGGUGACAAUAGAGGAGUUUAAUGGGUGCUGAUAAAGAUGGUGAAAAUAGAGCUUAUUGGCUGGUGAGGAGGAGGAUGGUGACAAUAGAGAAGCAUGAGGAGGAAGAGUUUGAUGGCUGCUGAGGAGGAAGAUGGUGACAAUAGAGGAGUUUUGUUACAUCCCAGAGGUGUGUGGCCUGAACCAAGAUGAGGACUGAGAGAGGACUAUUCCAUUGAUCUUGUAUCUGUCUCACCCUUAUGUCUUGUGUCGAGAGUUUUUAAUAGAGUAUUGCUGUUGUUUGAGAUGGAAAGGAUGGUAGUUAACAGAGAUACAUAGAAUUGCACAUGCCUCAGGGUUUGAAGUGUUGGCAUAGUGCUGAAAGGAAUCAGUGUUGCAAAAAGAAUACUGAAUGACGUACAAGGUGACAUUUCAUUUGUUUGGACAUUGUAUUGCAGUAAGUUGAAAUACCUGACACUAUAUUUCUUUCAAUCAAACAUCUGUAGCAACUGAAUUUUAAAAGGAAUCAAGGUGCAUGUGCUGCUGUAAGGUAUUUGGGUUUGUGGGUAAGAGUGACAAUGAGUAAAUGAAGAAAUAUCAAUCCCCUCUAGACUUGUCCUUGUUUGUAUGACUCUGGAAUGACUUGAAGGGAAAGUGUCUGGUGGAGAGAAACAGAAAGCCGGUCAUUUCUGUCUUGGUGUUUUCUGAGGAGUAUGUAAAGUGAUGUCAGGGGAAAUGGUAAUAUGCACAUGUCAUAAUAAGGUGAAGUCUUUUUUUCAUUGUAUAAAGGACUGGUUGAAGACAAGAACGCUUAAUAAAAGAAAAAUGUGGAGUGCAAAAGAAAAAAAUUCUUGAAAGAAAACAGUUUAAUGGUUAAGUCUUACCCAGUGCAGAGAUGUAGCUGUAAGUGUUGUUAUUUAUUUUGUUAUUUGUUAUAGUUAUGUAUUAUUCCUUCCCAUAUAUCACAUCGCAAGUUUGGAAAAGUGUAAGUCACAGGAAAGUAAGAGUAUAAUAUUACAAUGACAUUUGUAUUUAGAAAUAUAUUACCUCUUUAUAUACA